AAAAUGGAGUCCUUGUUGUGAGAGUCAGCUGCGAUGUCCUGUGUUAUGUAGCCGUCCGCUGCUGUUAUAAGGCCAGUAACCGCUUUAAUUUCACACACGCACACUCCUGUGACAGUGGACAUCAUGGGGGUUUUGUGUUUGACCAGAGGCGCGCUCACGUCCGCCAGAAAAUACUCGGGUCGGUAUUUGCGCGUCACGUUUCUCUCCGGUGUCUCAGCUGCAGCAGGUGUCCGUGUCAGGAAGUACAGCCAGGAGACUGUCCAGAGACAUGUCCCCGGACAGUUUGUGUGUUAUCACCUGCCCCACAGGACGCUACUUAAAAUCCAGGGACAAGACACGAGUCCGUUUCUUCAGGGGAUCAUAACCAACGACGUGGAGCUGCUGGUGGAGCCUGGACUCACUGCCGUGUACUCACACAUGCUCAAUGUGCAGGGACGGACACUGUAUGACAUCAUGUUGUACAGUCUGAAAGACGUUGAAGCAGGACAGGGUGUUUUCCUGGAGUGUGACAGCACAAUUAAGGACUCAAUCUUGAGACAUUUGAAGGUGUACAAGCUCCGCAGAAAGGUCAACAUAAACCCCUGUCCAGAGCUCUCUGUGUGGGCGGUGCUUUCCAAGCAGAAGAGCGCAUCUCAAGAGGCCAGUAAACCUGAGCUUUCCUCCCCGGACAAAGCUCUGGUGUGGGAGACCGAUCCCCGAACUCAGGAAAUGGGCUGGAGACUGGUGUUGGACAAUCAAACUGACCCCCUGGACGUCGUUGCAUCAUGUCAGAAAGGUGACACGGGGGAAUAUCACAGACAUCGCUAUGCAAUCGGACUUCCGGAGGGCGUGAAGGACCUUCCACCAGGGGUGGCGCUACCACUAGAGUCAAACCUCGUCUACAUGCAGGGGAUCAGCUUCAGCAAGGGCUGUUACAUUGGCCAGGAGCUCACAGCCAGGACUCAUCACACUGGGGUGAUUCGGAAACGCCUGAUGCCAGUACGCUUGUCAACUCCAGUCCAAGACCUCGAGGAAGGUGCCGCGCUGCAAACGCAGUCGGGCAAACCAGCUGGGAAGCACCGAGCAGGCGUCGGAGAGCUGGGUCUGAGCCUGAUCCGCAUGGCUCACGCCAAAGAGGCGUUGAUGCUCAAAUCUUCCGAUGACACCACAGUGGCACUUGAGGCCUCUGUGCCAGACUGGUGGCCCGAAGACGCAAAAAUCAAGUGAAGUGGAUGUUUUAUCGUUCCCUCAAAUGUGACAUACAUCACAUCUGACAGACUUCUCAUAGACAGAACCCUGAAGUACAGUAUGUUACACUGUCAUUGCUUAACAGCUGUGUGGCACUAUUCCAUUUGUAUUUUUGUUUGCAGAAAAUGUACUUUUAGAGUUUCCCCAAAUUGUAAUGUAUUAUGUUAUUUAACUGAUCUAUUGCAGCACUAUACAACAGAAUAUACCAAAAGUGAUAUUGUAUUGGUGACUGUUGAUUAAAUAUGCAAAAAUCAAUACAA